UAUAUUUUGUCGACGUUGAACUUAAUAAUAACCCGGAAAAAAAACAUCGUAUUGAUGUAUUCUGCAGUCAUUUGCUAUUCUUUAUUUGAUAACUUGGCCACCCAGAUUAACUAAAUCUUAGAAAAAACAAGGAAAUAUCCACGAACAAUGCUUCGAUUGAGCAUGUGAGCUUGGCAUGGAAUGCACCGAUGACAACACGAGGGAAAUGAUUCCGCUGGAGCUGCAGUAACUGCUCGACAUUCAGAAAGGUCCAUUAAGUUUUGAGAUGACUGAAAAACCUGUCAAAACUAGAGCCCAGUCAACCCAAGGACUGUUAGCAAUUAAAGCAGGGCUUGUCAAAACUAAACUAGAAAGUAGAAGGUCAAGGACUGAAGAUGGAACUCCAGUGCUAUCCUAUACUGCAAUCAAGGAAGCUGGAUCCUCAACAAAAAUAAACUCAAGAGCCAUUAGAGAAUCAAGGAGUUUUUCAGAUCCAGAUAUUUACCAAAGCCUUGUUAUAUUCUCAGAUGCCCAAGGUUUGUUUAGCAUGGCAAAUAAUGUAUCCUCAUUCAAAGGAGUUCAGAGAGUAAAUAAUAAACAGAUACCUUCAGAACGUCCAGUGUUUACAGCUCAAAAGGAAAACCAAAGAAAAGAUAAUGUGAAAAAUCUAGGAUUUUCCUUUGAAAAGGUGGCAUCUGGUUUUGAUUCUAAGCAUCACUUGGCUGAAUUUUCUAAUCCUCUCCACAAAGGGAAUCAGCCAAGAUUYCGUAAAGGAGGUGGAGUAUUGCCAUCAAAGCCUUCUGUUUUACCUAAACCAGUUGUAGCACCAAAACCACCUAAGAGAUUGACUCAAGAUACUCCUACAAUUUCUGACGAUCCGACAAAAUCUUACCCUAAAGAAGAGGCUGAUUCAUUGUCUGAGUCAAGUCCAUAUUGUGAUACUGAAGAAGACAAUGAUCCCUCAUAUGCUUCMAUAUCACGUGAAAGACCAAGUGUCCCAAAUCAUCCACCUCCAAGAAAACUCAUAAACAAAUCAAAAGACUCUCAAGAAGCACAAAAAGUUAAUAAAACAGAUGAAAAUGGUACGGAAUCGUGUACAGAAGCACAACAACAAAAGGGAGACAAUGAACAAGAAAGCGAAAGUCAACCKUCUGUAGCACCWUUGUAUGCUCAAGUAGACAAAACAAAAAAGAAACCUCAUUUAAAGAAUAUUAAUUCAGACAGCAAAAUUAGUAAUAGAAUGGUUAGAAGCGAUUCUGAUCCACUUCCUUCAAAUAUAAGUAUAGCAUCUGGGAUGAUAUAUGAAGUAAGGGAGGAGGAAGAAUCUAAUGUGAAACAGAGCUCUUUGGAAAAUGAAAUUGAUAUUGUCAGUGAGUCUGAUUCAGAAGAUGGAUGGGAUCCUGAAGAUUUUGAUGAUGAUGACUCAAGUGAUGGUGAUGAUUCCAGGCCAAAUUCACAAGGACAAACAAUGCAUUUCCCUGAUCAAAGAAGUAAAAAGCUAUACAACAUUGCCCAUGAAAUUUUAACAACAGAGAGAGCAUAUGUCAAAAGGCUUCAUUUGCUCGAUAAGGUUUUUUGCUUCAGACUUCAUAAUGAAUGCUUUGCCCAUGGUAUAAUCACCGCUGAUGUUCUUCCUGAUAUAUUCUCCAACAUUUCAUCCAUCCAUUCCUUUCAUAAAGACUUUUUGUUACCAAAACUGGAGGAAAGGAUGAGCCAAUGGUGAGUCUCAGAGACUAUUGUUACUAUGUUUUAAUGUUUUUCCACUAUUUUCUUUUAGCUAUACACUGCUUAUAUUGCAAACUUUGACAAGUCAAGUGAAACACUAUCUACAUGGACCAAGAAGUCACCAAAAUUCGCAGCCAUUAUUGAAGAAAUUCAGAAAUCUAAAGACUGCGAGAACCUCACCCUUGGACAUCAUAUGCUUGAACCAAUCCAACGAGUUCCCAGAUAUAAACUUCUCUUAAAAGAUUAUCUAAGUAAACUACCAGAAGACUCACCGGAUUACAAGGACACACAAGACGCUAUGGGCAUUAUUUCGGAAGCUGCAGCGCAUGCCAACGACAGCAUGAAGAAAACAGAAAUAUUCAAAAAACUACUAGAACUACAGGAAAGAGUUAUCGAGGAKUACGACCUGAUUGCAGCUGGAAGGCAAUUCAUCAAGGAGGGGGAUCUAACCAAAGUAUCUGCCCGYCACGUAGCUCACCAGGAACGCACUUUGCUACUGUUCAACGAUGUGUUGCUUUGCUGCGGAAAAUURCCAGGUACCAACAAACUAAAAGUCAAAGUUGAAAUGGAUCURUACGGAAUGGAAAUCGGAGAAACAGACGACGAAGUCGAGCUUUGCAACACCUUUCGAGUAACAAGUAAGCAGAAAGUAAUAGACUUUUCAGCUUCUUCUGAAACCGAACGAGAAGCAUGGAUUCUGGCAAUUAACGACGCAAUUCUUGAAAUAUCUCAAAAGCGAGAAAGCUACAGGCGAGGUACAAAGCCCGACGCUAUCAAAGAAAGUGAACUGGGCAAGAAAAAUAUCAAAUACUGCUAAAAAUGAACACAUUGCGUGCUCAGUAAUCAAUAUGUAAUCACAGCAGUUAUUUUAGAAAUCGAUAUUUAAUCGUGUUAUUUACUCAGAAAUCAAUAUGAAAUCGUGUAUAGUUUUAAAAUGAAUAUAGACUACAUGACAAUGCUAGCCUCCCAUGUGAUCGUUUCUGUCUAAAAAUUUAUAAAAAGAUAUCGUUACAGAAAUGCCUGCAUAGGACGUAAUAAUCCAGUUUCGAAUUCUCCAAUGCUCUGUGUUAGCCUCAUUUGUGCGCAAAAUAUUCCUAAUUGUGAGAAUAAAAGUGUGAGAUUUCAAAUCAAUUCUGUUGUCUUUCUUUUGGAAUUCCAUGCGUUAUCUCGGGCUAUCAAUAAAACAAAGGAAUAUGUUGCUUGGUUUUGAGGCUAAMACAGAGCAAACCAGAACUCGAAAUUGGAGUAUUUAGGGCUAUUUAAGUGUUUGUCUGAAUUGAGCUCUGAGCAGCCCUGCCGAGGUUCCAGCCGGACAGGCAGUUUAACUCAAAUAUGCUUUUUUUUUUUUGUAGUCUGUAGCACCUAGCACCCAUUUUUUGGUGGGAAUGGGGGUGGGGGUUGUGUGCAUGUGACAGAGGUAGAUUACAUAUUUACAAAAGAUGCAAAUUAGUCGUUUGGUAUGAGAAAGCAUGUUGAAGAAGUACACUAKAGAUAUUAAAUUACAAUAUAAUUGUAAAUUAGAGUAAUCCUGCUAAAAAAUAUUUUUUGUAUUUUUUUAUGAACUGCGUGCCUGGUGUGACUUUGGCAUUAGUGUCCUAACUGAUAUUGUUAAUUAGAAUAAGCUAAAUUCAAAGUUGUAUUUUUAUAUUUUCUUUAUCUGGAACUGUGUGCCAGUAGCACUUUUGGCAGUAGUGUGCUAGUUAUUGUAAAUUAGAAUAAGCUCACUAAAAAAAGGUUAAUUUUUUUAAAGGUUUAUGUAUAGAGGCUCUUUUUACAUAACAUUUUAUAAAAAAAAACCUUUGCUAUUUUUAUAAUACAUUUGUUUGUUUGAGAGUCAUUAGAUGAUAAAUACUUAAUAAUAAAAUAUCAGCAUUAGACUAGA